UUGCUCUCGCGUUCUCCGAUCCAAUUCUUGUUCUAGUAAACCUUCUCUCUCUCUCUCUCUCUCGUUCCGUUCGUGGUUUCUCUUUGCUUGACUCCACAGACUGCCGCCAGAUCUUCAGCCCGAGCCGCGAUCCCCCCUCGAUCUUAUCGCCCUCCCGCAUGCGCCGCGACCCCAGCCGACCGGAUCUAGCGGCGGCUCGCCGAUGAGCUGCGCCGUCACCGCCACGGCCCGUCUCCGGAGACCGACGGCGGGGAUCUCGUGGUAGUGGCGAAGGGUCUUGGCUAGGUUGUUGUCUUUUGUUUGUUGUUUAUUACCCUUAUCGGGGUUCCGGUCGGGAUGGCGUCCACUGAUGCGGCGUCCGCGGGGAGUUGGGUCGAGUCGUAUACCGGCAUGUCCUCCGAUAACAUCAAGGGUUUGGUCCUCGCGCUGUCCUCGAGCUCCUUCAUCGGUGCCAGUUUUAUUGUCAAGAAGAAGGGUUUGAAGAAGGCUGGAGCUUCCGGAGUUAGAGCAGGAGCUGGUGGAUAUUCUUAUUUAUACGAACCGCUUUGGUGGGCUGGCAUGAUAACAAUGAUUGUUGGGGAAGUUGCUAAUUUUGCAGCAUAUGCAUUUGCUCCGGCUAUUCUGGUCACUCCUCUUGGUGCUCUUAGCAUAAUUAUUAGUGCAGUACUUGCACGUAUCAUUUUACGGGAGAGGCUACACAUUUUUGGCAUUCUUGGUUGUGCUCUCUGUGUUGUGGGAUCAACAACAAUAGUUCUUCAUGCUCCUCAGGAGCGGGAGAUAGAGUCUGUGACAGAAGUCUGGGAUCUGGCAACUGAACCAGCGUUUCUAUUAUAUGCAGCAGCAGUGCUGGCAGCAGCAUUUAUACUUAUAUUCCAUUUUGUCCCCCAGUAUGGGCAAACGCAUAUUAUGGUCUACAUUGGUGUUUGCUCUCUUGUAGGGUCUCUCUCGGUUAUGAGUGUGAAAGCUCUUGGCAUAGCUCUCAAGUUGACAUUUUCAGGAAUGAACCAGUUGGUUUAUCCCCAGACUUGGAUAUUCACAAUCAUAGUAAUUGUCUGUAUCAUUACCCAGAUGAACUAUCUGAACAAAGCUCUUGAUACAUUUAACACAGCAGUUGUGUCGCCCAUAUACUAUGUGAUGUUUACAUCAUUAACCAUUUUGGCUAGUGUGAUUAUGUUCAAGGACUGGGAUCGGCAGAAUCCAACGCAGAUCAUCACGGAGAUGUGUGGCUUUGUCACGAUUCUUUCUGGGACAUUCCUACUCCACAAAACCAAGGACAUGGCGGAUGGUCUACCAUCAUCAUCUGUCUCUGGGCGCCUCCCAAAACAUGCCGACGAGGAUGGCUACUCUUCCGAAGACAUUCCCCUCAGGUCUCCCGAGUCAUUUAGGUCAUCAUGACAGGUUGCAGUGGUCUGUUGCUUGGAAGCAUGGACUUACUUGAUCUGCAUCAUGACUUGAUUGCACCGAGAUGAACCUGCAUUCUUUCCAUACAUAAAGCUGUAGGUUUUUUUUUUUACUCGAAAAGCAUAGGAUCAAUCCCCACUUGUUAGGUGAGACGUCUGGUGAAUACACUCGGGGAUUCACAUUUUGUUAUAUAUGUAAUGUUACCUUAAAUCGUCCAGAAAAUUUGAUAUCGUGACAGUGCGGAGACGGAGGUUAGAAUGA